AUGCCGACUGGGAAGUUGGCUAAAUGGCAAAUGCUUUUGAGUGAGUUUGACAUUGUAUAUGUGACUCAGAAGGCGAUAAAGGCGCAAGCCUUGGCUGAUCAUCUUGCAGAGAAUCCAGUUGAUGAAGAGUAUGAACCGCUCAAGACUUAUUUUCCCGAUGAGGAAGUUUCGUUUGUUGGUGAAGAUAUUUCUGAGGCAUACCCUGGUUGGAGAGUAUUCUUUGAUGCAGCGGCAAAUCACCAAGGGAAAGGUAUUAGAGCGGUCUUAGUGUCAGAAUCUGGUCAGCAUUAUCCUAUGGCGUCUAAACUUCGAUUUAAUUGCACGAAUAACAUGGCUGAGUAUGAAGCUUGCAUCCUCGAUUUAAAGAUGGCCAUCGACGUGAAUGUUCACGAGUUGCUGGUUAUUGGAGAUUCAGAUUUGCUGAUUCAUCAGGUCCAAGGAGAAUGGGCUGUGAAGAAUCCAAAGAUCACACCAUACGUACAGUAUAUACAGAAUUUGUGCAAAAGAUUCCGCAAGAUUGAGUUCAGACACACACCCAGGACACAGAAUGAGUUGGCCGAUGCUCUUGCCACCACUGCCUCAAUGAUCAAGCAUCCAGAUACGAGUUACAUUGAUCUAGUGGAUACAGAGGUAAAAGAGCAGCUUGUUCAUUGUUCACAUGUUGAAGCGGAACUAGAUGGUUUACCUUGA